UUUAAAAUCACCGCCGACCAGUGAAUUAUACAGUCAAUUGGAACGAUCCAGCCUUAGCUGACAGAAUCAAGAGUAUUUCUAGACUAAGAACGAAAUUUGGAGAGUGAUCAAUAGCAAUUGUCCCUGUUUCCCCCAAGUCUGUUUAGUUUUGGCAUCUCAUCUAAUCAGCCAUCAUCUUGAAUUAUAUUUAAGGCCUUCCACUGAAAUUAAUCAGUAUUUGUUAAGAUAGUUUAAACAGAUCAAGUAUUAACCAUGGCGUUCUUAUUCAAAAGAAACCCAAAGACACCUCCUGAUCUUGUUCGGGCAUUGAAUGAACAAAUUUCCAAGCUUGAUUCUAGCAAUGAUAGUAAUAAGAAAUAUCAAGAUGAGUGUUCUCGAUUUUUGAAACAAAUGAAAGUUAUAGUUGAUGGGGAUGACGAAAAUGUACCCCAGCCAGAUCAAAUAAGUCAGUUAGCUCAAGAAAUAUAUCAAACAGAUUGUCUUUAUAAUAUGAUUUAUAAUUUGAAAAAAUUGGAUUUUGACUCUAGAAAAGAUGUUUAUAAUGUAUUUCUGGCUUUACUACGACGUCAAAUUGGGAGUAAAUCUCCCACGGUUGAAUAUCUUAUAAAUACCAAACCGGAAAUUAUUAUAAUGUUAUUAAAAGGACCAGAAAACCAAGAAGUAAGCUUAAUUUGCGGACAAAUUUUGAGAGAUUGUAUCAAAUUUGAAUCAAUAAAUAAAUUUAUUCUAUCAAGUCCAUUAUUUUGGAAUUUUUUCAAAUACGUUAAAAUUCCAACUUUUGAAAUUGCAAAUGAUGCAUUCAAUACAUUACAUGAUUUAUUAACUAUUCAUAAAAAAUUAGUUUCAGAAUUUUUAGCUAAAAAUUAUGAAAUCUUUAAUGCAAGUAUGAACCAAUUGAUUCAAUCAGAUAAUUACGUUACCAAAAGGCAAAGUGUAAGACUUUUAGCUGAGUUGGUUUUACUAAAACAAAACCAAGUGUUUUUAAAUAAAUAUUUCGAUGAUACUAAUAAUUUGAAGUUAAUUAUGUUAUUAUUAAGUGAUAAACUGAGUAUUUUACAAUUAGAAGGAUUUCAUAUAUUUAAAUUUUUUGUUGCUAAACCAAAAAAAUCACAAAAGAUUUUGGAUAUAUUGAUUAAAAAUAAAGGUAACUUUAUGGCUUUUUUCCAAAAAUUUGAUAUUGCUGAUUUCAAUGAUUCAAAUUUGAUCGAUGAAAGAGAUUACAUUUUAGGCGAAAUUCAAAAAUUACCUGAUAUCGAGAGAAAAGUUUAG